CAGUGGGAGAACAGAAUAGGCGACAGGACCCUGACUCGGCUUGGGAGUGAGCUGGAGUGAGGGGUGAAGCGACAGCUCCUUCUAACUGCAACGCGGACGCAAGCAGUAGGGAAAGCUACGGCGACACCAUGACCUCGGGAGCCCGUGGGCUCAGCCCAGAGAGUGAAGGCCUUCUUGAGGAGGUCAUUGAGACUUUCCGGAACACAGUUAGGCGUGAGGAACUAGACUUCCUGCUGAGUGACCAUGAAUCCUGGGAGAGAUUUGAGGCUGAGGCCACUUUGUCCAGGGAGGAGGCAGAAGCCCUACGUGAAGUUCUGAACGAGUUGCAAAGAACGAUGGAUCUGGAGGCCGAAGAGCAGCAGGCUAGGGAGAGUUUUCUGCAUCAGUUUCCCGAGUUGAAACUCAAGCUUGAGGAGCGUAUAAGAAAGCUCCACGAGCUCGCAGAUGAGGUGGACAAGGUACACCGGGACUGCACCAUCGCCAACAUAGUAGCCAACUCCGCUGGUGCUGUGUCUGGCCUCCUGAGCAUCCUUGGUCUGGGUCUGGCUCCUGUGACAGCAGGGGCCAGUCUGGCACUCUUGGCAACUGGAAUGGGGCUGGGAGCAGCAGCCGCUGUGACCCAGGUGUCUACCAGCCUCGUGGAAGUCUCAAGUGAGUCGUCCGCAAAAGCCCAAGCCAGUCACCUGACAUCAACUGAUUUUGACAAAGGGGAGGUCAUUGCAAAGGUUCUGCAUGACCGCAUACCCCAGAUUUAUUCCUUAACAGAUAAAUGCUUUAGAGCCCUGCAAAGCAUUGCAAGGAAUGUUCGUGCCAUCAAGCUAGCCAAAGUCAAACCUCGCCUUGUAGUCAAUGCCAGGCGCCUUAUGACAGCUCAGAGAAUCUCAGUUCGAAGUGGCCGGCAGGUGCAGAAAGCUUUUGGAGGCACUGCUCUGGCAAUGACCAAAGGAGCCCGGAUCAUGGGUGCGGCCACUGCAGGUCUCUCCCUUGCAAUGGAUGUGGUCAGCCUCGUGAAAGACUCAGAACACUUGCAAAAGGGCGCAAAGACAGAGUCAGCUGAAGACAUGAGGCAGCAGGCCCGGGAGCUGGAGACCAAGCUGGAGAAGCUCAGUGAGAUCUAUGAAAUUCUGAAGGAGGGCCCGACUCCGUGAUCCCCGAGCAGGGCGGGGAGCAGGGACAUGUGUGGGACAAUGACAUGGAGGUGCCUUAUUAGAGGGGGAAAAAGUGCAAAAUAAAGGUUUUGUGUUGGGGUGUUGAGGAGUUUGGCAUUUCUGAAGCUGAGCCCAAUGAGGGAGGGGUUAUUGCAGUUGGCAGAAGGGUAGGGGGGAAUGUUUAGCAAAUUGUUGGUGCUCUUUGGGUUCAGGGUGCGCUGAGCAACCAGUGAAAUUCCAAUGAUAAUCUAAAGGGUUUUGGAACAGUGGCUGAUUUGGAAAAAAA